AUGGCAAAUCAGGCCAUUUUACGAAUUGGCCGGGAAAUCAGUCAACUGCAGCAAGGAACAGAUCUAUCGCUCGCUGUCGCCUGUCAGGAAGAGGACAUCCGUAAUGUCAAGGCUUUGAUCAUCGGACCUGCGGGGACUCCUUACGAGUUUGGCUUUUUUGAGUUUUCCAUCAAGUUUCCUAAAGAUUACCCGGCAAGCCCUCCAAAGGUUGAGUCGGUUACUACAAAUGGAGGUCGCUGCCGAUUCAAUCCUAAUAUUUACGCUUGUGGGAAAGUUUGUCUUACUUGGCGAGGUGAAAGCGGAGAGCAAUGGUCCUCAGCCCAGGGGUUGGAAUCUAUCCUGAUUUCCAUCCAGAGCCUGAUGUCUGCUAACCCAUAUGAAAAUGAACCUGGAUAUGAAGACGCUAAAGGAGAAAACGAUUUGAAGUCGAUCCCCAAGUAUAUCGAAAAGAUAUAUCAUGAAACGAUACGCAUCUCCGUGAUACAGCGCCUUGAGGACGCACUGGGAAUUCAAGCAGACGGAUCUUUAGUUCUGCCACCUGGGAACUCACCUGGCGAUUUGGAUGAGGAUGCGGACGAAAACCCACCAUUCGAACCAUUUCAUGAUCUUUGCAAGAGACGCGUACUUUGGUAUUAUGAAUCCUACCUGAAUAUCAUCAAAGAACAAGAAUCCAAAAACGCUGUCGGCACCCGCUUUGAAAGAAUGCCUUUUGAAGGCGGUGGAAACACGAUGGACGGCCGUUUCAACUACCCGGAUCUGAAAGCACGCCUCGGUGUCAUUAAAGACGCCAUCAUGCAAGAGACUGAAAAUUGGGAGACUGAGGGCCUGAAAGCGAAAGCCAACGAUACCCGAAUUUCCGUUAGUUUGCAGCGACAGUACGAACAGAUCAUAGAAGAUCUGAAAGAAAGGAAUAAUAUUACUCUUGACAUUGCCUUUGAAAAUGAUAACCCGUUUGUUUGGAAAUUGACCUUUUUUGGACGACCUAUGACCAAUUUGGACGGCGGCAUCUUCAAUAUCAAGGUUAGUCUCAGUCCGAAUUUCCCUGACGAACAGCCUCGUAUCUUCGUUCAGACACCUCUGUUCCAUCAUCGGGUUUCAAAGGAUGGCGUUCUUUGCUACUUCUGCAGGAGACCGGAAGAUAUGAGAUCGCACGUCGAGGCUAUUGUAGAAGCCUUGGAGGAUGAAGCACCACGCUAUGACCCACGCGCAACGGUUAACCCAGAGGCUUCCGAAUUGUUUUGGGGCUCGCCAGAGCAGAAGAAGCAAUAUAACCGUUUGCUUAGGCGCGCAGCACAACGCAGCACGGAGUAA